CUGGGUAUCGCUGUGAUCACUGCUGCAUCAAUCUUAGUGCUUCAUCCUCAGCGUUAUAGUUAUGAGUUAGGCAUGGAUUGACCCACGCUUAUCACAAUGGGUUGUCGGUGAGGCCCAUGAGUGCAAAUCGCCCUCCUAUCCAGAUUCAAUAUUCGACCACAAAAUUCGUACACAAGUCAAGUUCCAUAGCUGCAUGCAGAAUAUGUGGUGGUAUUGGGAUGCAGAGACCAAACUGGUUGCCAAAAUUGACUUUUUCAUCCUAACCUUCUGCUGCAUCGCCUACUUCUUCAACUAUCUCGACCGUUCCAACCUCACCAAUGCAUAUGUCUCGGGCAUGAGGGAGGAGUUGGGCUUUGAAGGCAACCAGUUUAAUAUCAUCAACACCAUAUUCACUGUCGGUUAUAUUCUAGGCCAGCUCCCCUCGAAUCUGGCUUUGACACACUUCCGCCCUCGCAUCUUCUUCCCCUCGAUGAUUCUACUCUGGGGGGGUCUGACGAUGCUCACUGCUGCUGUCCAUAACCCGCAAGGCAUUAUGGUGAUUCGCUUCUUCCUGGGUCUGGCUGAGGCCAGUACCUUUGCAGGGACCCAUUAUAUCCUUGGUUCUUGGUAUACGGAACGCGAGUUAGGUAAACGGAGUGGAGUUUUUACUGCCUCCGGACUCGCCGGGACGAUGUUUGGCGGAUUCAUCCAAACUGGUAUUCAUGCCUCGCUGAAUGGUACGCAUGGCCUCUCGGGUUGGAGAUGGCUGUUUAUUAUCGACGGGCUGAUAACUGUCCCCAUCGCACUAUAUGGGUUGUUACUUUUUCCGGAUACGCCUACAACAACUAGAGCACCUUAUCUUAGUCCUUCCGAAAAGACUCUUGCCGUCACACGACUUCCAAUAGCCAAUGCUGAGCAUGCCCCCAUUAAUAAGGCAUUCUUAAAGCAGCUAUUCACGACGUGGUAUUGGUGGGCGUUUGUUAUCCUUUGGGUAAUUGCUGGCGAGACUGAAUCCUUCUCAUCGAACUCACUGCUGGCCCUCUAUAUGAAGGCCCAUCCGACAAUCAAGUACUCCGUUUCGCAGCUAAACGAUUAUCCAACUGGUGUUCCUGCAGUCGGGAUUAUAUCCACGUUAUUCUGGGCAACCAUAACCGACAUAUUUAAUGGGAAAAGAUACCUGGUCGGCUAUUUCAUCGGAGUCACGGGUAUUGCAACAUCUGUCUUGAUAUUGACUCGAUUUGAUUCAACUCCGACAGUAUUUGGUGCCUACUACUGGGCAGGCGCAGUGUAUGCAUGCCAGGCGACGUUUUUCGCGUGGUGCAAUGAUGCGAUGCGCUCACAGGAUGCGCGACAGCGUUCGGUAGUAAUUGCUAGUAUGAACAUGGGCAACAACGCUAUCAAUGCCUGGUGGAGUAUCAUCUUCUAUUCGGCCGACUUAGCACCUAGGUUCACGCGUGGUAUGUGGGCGAUGAUUGGAUGUUCGGUUGCAUUGACCCUAUGGACCACUGUGAUCGUCAUUCAGACCUACAGGGAAAAGAAGGCGUCUUCAACAGAGCAGGCGCAGUAUAGUUUGCCCGGAGCUGAGCCCCAGAUGAUUAAAUAUGACUGAUACCUAUCUUCUGCCUUGAUAAAUCCAAACAAGUAUAUCUUUCGCGCCUUUAACAUUCCCAAGAUAUCCUGUUCUUUACACCAUCACCCAUCCUAGUUGUCCGAAGAAAGGUUAUAAUUAGUACUGUCAGUUGGAGUACCUGGUAGCCGGAUUAGAAAGGAGAAUAACCCUAUCAUGUUGCCUACUUCAUUCCUUUUCCUCUCUCUCCUUUUCAUCCAUCUGUGAUCAUCGAUCCAACUACUGUAUCGUCAGUUUUCAUCCACCAGUGGGUUUAGUUGAG